AAUUGUAUUCAUUCAAUUAUUGUAAAAUAAAAUUUUCGAAAGCCGAAAAUUAUUAUUUCCGGGAUAUAUAACAAGAUAAUUUUUUCUAUUUACAGUGAUAUGUAAAUAACAAAUAACAAUAACAAAUAUAACAUGACGUGGCUUAUCUUCUUUUUGACGUCACAUCUUUUGACAGUACUGACUCAGCGACAGGUGAUGUUUUGCAAGACGUAUUGGUUAUUGGUGUUCUGUAGAAACAUUUUUUAGAUUAUUAACAAGUUGUGCAAUCAAGACAUAAAGCCCGUAUAUAUAAAAGUAAUCUCAUACUUUUAAUAGUGACCAGUUUAUAUCAAGUUCAAAAUGAAUCAGUUUGCUUCUCCAAUGCCUAGUAGGCAAUUUCUUUGGGACGUAUUUCAAAGAGUUGAUAGAGACAGAAGUGGGUUUAUUAAUGCAGAUGAACUUGGAUCCGCCCUUUCUAAUGGAACCUGGAGUCCUUUUAAUCCCGAAACUGUUAGAUUAAUGAUCGGUAUGUUUGACAGGAAUAGUCGAGGACAAGUUAGUUUUGAAGAUUUUGGUGCUUUAUGGAAAUAUGUUACUGAUUGGCAGAACUGCUUCAGAUCGUUUGACAGAGAUAAUUCUGGUAAUAUUGAUAAAGAAGAAUUAAAAACUGCUCUUGUUUCUUUCGGUUAUAGGCUUUCGGAUACUUUAAUAAAUUUACUGGUAAGAAAAUUUGAUAGGCAUGGAAAUGGAACAAUAUUGUUUGACGAUUUCAUCCAAUGCUGUAUUGUUUUAUAUACACUCACUUCUUCAUUCAGACAGUACGAUACUGACCAAGAUGGCUACAUCACAAUUCAUUAUGAGCAGUUUUUAACGAUGGUGUUUAGUUUAAAAGUCUAAAUGAUUACAUAGGAAAAAACUUUGGUUGUAAAGUCAAACUUGUGCCAAUUAUAUAUUUAUAUUUUUUUCUUACACUGGUACAGUUUCUGGCAACAGCUAAUAAAUGAAAUGUCUGGACUAUAUUUAUAAAACAUUUCAUUAAAAUAUUGUGAUAAAAGUGGAUAGAAUUUUGGUUUCUAAUUUGUUUCAUUUUAAGCUGAGAUUUGUAUAAAUAUUUGGUGCUCGAAACUUUUAGAAAGUUGGAUAUAGUUGACAGCAUGAAUUAUAUCCACUUCAUCACAAUAUAAUUGUGCAUUUAUCAAUAAAUCAUUUUUUAUAUAUAUAAUGCCUCUACCUCUAUUUGUAAAUUUUGUAAAGUGUUACUAUAAUUUGUUAUAAGCUGUAAGGAAUAUGAAAAAGUUAUAUUUCCAAAUUAUUGUAACAUGCCAUUUGGCUUGUUACGUUUUUCUUUGAACCUUUUGAAUAUUUUUUUGUUCAUGUAUUGUGGUACAAUGGUCAGCUCUAAUUUAUUUAUUCCAGCAUUAGAAUUUUGAGAGAAAAUAAUUUGUUAUCGACCACCCACUCCAUUCGAUGAUAAAUCGUCCUCUAUUUACCAACAUUCUAAAAGUGUUAAACUCAAAGCAAAGUUUAGUACAUUUGUGGUGAUAUUCAGUUCUACAGCUGCCAGGUCCAAAAAUCUAUCAGUACACCAUAAACUCAACUCCAACAACUGGGAAUCCAGUUGAGUGCUGCAACCAUCCCGAAUAAAUAGGAAGUACGAAUUUAUAUGAAAACUAUAAUACAAAAUUUACUCAAAACAAAAGUAAAUUCAUAAAGAUAACUGGAAGUUUUGUGAGCACAAUAAAAAAAAACAAAGAAAAACCAGCGGAUAAAAAGAAUAAAAUCACCACAAUUUACAAAAAUUUACUUUGAUUUUAAGUGUAGAUAGGUAAAGGGAGAAUACAAAUACAUUCGCCGAAUGGCAUGUCACAACUUUUCCUCUUAUUCAUUAUUGAAUUUUUCUUUUAAUCUAUGUUAAUACAUUGUAAGGAUGGAAAACCAAAAUGUAUUUUUUAUAUAAAUUUAGGUUGAAAUUAUGAAUAAAUUAGUUUAGGAAUGAUAUUGAACGUUUAGUAACACUUUUCAUUUGAUUAUACUGUUUGUGAUAUUUUUGGAAUUAAAAUUAUGCACAGUAUUUACAUCAAUAUUUGAUACCUGCUUAUUUUAGUUAUCAUAUAAUCGUUUAGUUUCGCCGCUUUAACUAUAAACAUUUUUAUAUAGUGUAUUCUAUACAUAUAUAAAAUAUUUAAAUAAUGGUAUAGAUAAAUAAGGAUUGAAUAUUUCAAGUAUUUUUGUUAAUAAACUGCUAUUAGAAAACCAAACAAUAAAAAUAGUAGUAGGGAUUCAAGAAACUUAGUUUUUAAGAUAGGAAUAAUGAGAUACGUGAAAAACUUUUUGUAUAAGUAUGAAUUUCAGAACUAAUCUAUUGGCAACAGCCAUAAAAAUGAAUAGAGAAUCUCAUCUUAAGUUGAUUUUUUGAGUGAAAAACAUUUAUUUUAAAUUGAAAUUAUAUCUGUAUUCUAUAUCUAAAAAGAGUCGCGUAAUGUGGCUUCUAGAGUUUUUUUCAAAGACUUCACAUUCUGUGAUUCAAAAACAACUUGACUUGAGCCGAGUAUUCUGUUUUAAAUGGAGAUAGAAUGCAGAUUUUUUUAUUAACUGAUUGAAUACAAACCAUUAAGAAUUUACAUACUGAUUUGAAAAUUCCAACCAAAACUUCUCUUUCGGAAGUAUGUUUUUUAUAGCUAAAAAAUGAGCGUUCAAAUUUUCAAGGAAUAAAUGUAUCUAGGGCUACACUAUUAGUGAAUAGAAACUUCUAUAUUUCAGUGGACACACUUUAUUUUUUAACAUAAAAUAUGAGUCUCCGGUACAAUACCCUACUUUCCUGAUCAUUUGUGAUAAACUGAACUGUUUUGUGGAUUCCAAAAAUUCAUUUAUAAGUUUUUGCUGAAAUGUUUAUAUUUCUGGAGAAUAUCACUGUUUUAAAAACAUGACAAUCAUAAUGCUUGAUGAAAAUUGAAAAUAAAGGAAAAAAUAAAAUGUUACUUUACUUUUUCGCCUUUCAUUGACAGAUAGAAGUGUAAAAUGAUGCAAAGACGAUUAAAAUACAAUCACGUGGAAAUAUUUUGUCAGAUAUUGAUAGUUAGGUGCUCCAACGUAUCUAUGAUAUAUACGCUAGAUUAGAACAGACAAAAGAUUUUUCUCUAGUAUGUCUUAAUAUAUUCAUAAAUGAUAUCAAUGAGCCUUAAAAAUGCACCCAUACAGGCAUUUUUUAUGUACGAAUGAAACUAACGUUUGGUUUUUUGUAAAUCCGAAUAUGAUGACCUUUCCAUUCUGUUCCUAUUUGACAAAAACCUGUGGGUUAUUUCACUAUGUAUACGAAUGCAUUAAGUAAAUAAUGAUUUCUGGAAUCACAGAGCCACAUAAUCUUGAUACCAUAUUUACGAGGUUUACUCUUAAUAUACCGCCGAAAAGAACUUCUACCACGAAAUCCUACUAGCAUCUCAUCUACAGGUUGUAUUAACUGAUUAAAUCCCAAAUUCUGUGAUUGGGUUAGGUUAGUUAACUGUUUUUGUUUUUAUGAGGGCAAGUAUCUCACAGUCAAAAUAGUUUGAUUGUCACAGAUAAAAUAUUAGAAAAAGUAAUAUCAUAUAAUUACUUCAAUCCAAAUUUGUAUUUAAACCAUUAUAUUAGCCCAAUAAAAUGAGAAAUCGAAUUACCAUCAUUCAAUCAACUUAUUCGAAAAUACCGUCUUUGCUUUCAGAUGGUAAUUUGAAUUCUAAUUUUAUGGGUCUAAAUCAUUAGUAGAAAAAUUUAAUUAUAUCUGCUUGAUAGAAACACUAUAAAAAAUUGGUAUAUUAGUCUUUUUCUUAUUUUCAACACAUUUUAUGUAAAAUAUGAUAUUGGUUUCUCUUGUGUUAAUAGUAGAUCAAAGAAGUUGUUAUACGAGUAUAAUAAUUUGGAUUUAUCCUUUCAAUUUGUAUUUCCAUUGAAAAAAAAACAGGACAAGCGCCAGAACAAAAAAAGUAGGUUCAUAAUAUGUUCAGGGGUGACCCCUCAGUGUAAAUUCAAGUAGUUGUCAUGGGGGGCGCCCGCGUCAGCCGCCAUCUUGAAAAACACGUUUUAUCGAAUAUCUCGUGAACCGCACAUCAUACGACAAAAAUACUGGAGAUCAUUUUUAUAGAUAAUAAUUGUUGCCAUCUUUUUUAUUUGAAACUUUUUUUUGUAUAGCGCAUAGGUUUUUAAUUAUAGCGUUCCAAACUUUUUACAACAUGGUAUUUGCUAAAUAUAUAGUGAACGGUUCAUGAUAAAUUAAAUAUUGUAAAAGCUUUGAGCGCUAUGUAUACAUAAAUAUGUUUCAAAUAGAAAAGAUUGCGAAAAUUAUUAUGUAUAAAAUUGAUCCUCACAAUUUUUGUCUUACGAUGCGCGGUUUGCGAAAUAAAUCGUGUUUUUUAAGAUGGCGCCGUCUGGCAUACACAUACACCCUUGAACAUAUUCCAAAAAAAAAUCUUUUCUUGCAAAAAAAGUACCCAGCGCUUGGCCUAAUUAAUAAAAUUAAAUAUGAUGUCGAUGUUAACUAGCUUUGAUAAUUUCUAUCUUUUAUAAUAUGUAUUUUUGUAUCUAUAAGCUUUUAAUAAUAAUGAAUGUUAUAAAACAAAUUUUUAUCUAUUUUUAUUUCUAGAUAAACACUUAAAAACAAAAAUUAUCAAAAAAUAUUUUACUUCAUUCAUUUAAUAAACUAGUUGUUUACCUUCGCAUAGAACUUA